GGAACAACUAAAUGUCUGACCAUUACGCUGCCAAAUUUUUGGGGGAUUGGAGCGUGCACAAAGUCAUACAGCAACCUCUGCAAACCGGGAAGUGUUGGAAUCACUGGGUUGGUUCAGCGAAUUUUAGAGUGCUUCGUGAAUGGAAUGCUGAACUUUGACCUCCCAACGCAAAUAUACCUCUUCAUAGAAUUUCUCAAGGAACUCUUGCAGGAAACAGAUCCUAUUCCCGAGAUUCUCGGAGGCAUUUGCGAGACCCUUUCCUCUGUCACUGGCGUCAUUGGAAUUGACCUCGACUGCAAUUUGCUGGAGCUAGAUACUCAGGCUCUGUGUGAAGACAAGAUCAAGCUAACAGUGCCCGCUACUCUCAACCUAACACAGUGUUUCGGACAAGUGCCAUUUACGUGCAUCAGGGGCCAAGUUCUGACGGAGCCGUUGUUGAAGGGAUUUACUGAAUUGCUUGCGUGCCUGACGCGCACCGUUUUGAACCUAGGCUUGGAUGGGACGCUCGAAGAAUUGGUCUGCUAUAUUGCAGAAGUUCCGGCAAUAUUGUUUGGGAACCAGAUAAGUGGUCUGGGGAGCGUGACUGACGGCCUUGUCCUCGCUCUUCAACAAAGCUUCGGCGUUGAUUGCAGCGUGUCGGACGAGAGAAAAUAAAUCAUUUCAA